AUGCGUACUUCGUUGCUUGUUUUACCUAUAGUUAUCGACAAUCCACAUCUUAUCCUUACUUUUAGUCAAAUAGAGUAUCUUAGAUUAUUCGAUGACUACUUGUACUUUAAGUCGAAGCCUGGAACAAAAAUUGUGCAAUGUUUUCCAUGUUUAACAAAGAUCGAAAUUCGAGUUUAUUGGCUUGAUUAUUGCAUACCAGUUAUCGAUACUUUUCUUGCUGGUUUUGGAAAACUACGUUUCAUGAUUGUAGAAUUUGUUGGUAAUGAUUUACCAGAUGUUCCUAUUUCACGAAACUAUGUCAUAGAAAAACGGCGUCAAUCAUUUGGUUUAAAUAGAAAUGAUGAAUACAAAGUUAAUGUAAUGCUUGGUGAUGAUGAUUUGCAUAUUUCGAUUCCAUAA